UUUUCAAAAAGACAAAUACCUACAAACAUCUUUGAACCCAUGACCUCACAAACAAAUAAUUAUUUUUUAAUUUACAAUGUAAUUAUUAUAUCAAAUGAAUAGUUUUAUGUUAACCAAUAUGUGGGUAUUCGGUUAUGGGUCACUCGUGUGGAAAGUUGAUUUUAAAUACGAAUGCAAACUUGUAGGUUGUAUAAAAGGCUACCUUAGAAGAUUUUAUCAGCACAGUAUUGACCAUAGAGGAGUCCCUGAACAGCCUGGCAGAGUAGUAACCCUUAUACCUAGCGAUGAUCCAAAUGACUCAGUUUGGGGUGUAGCAUACAAGAUAAGGCAAGAAGACAUAGACCAAGUUACAUCACACUUGGAUUAUAGAGAGAAGAAUGGUUAUUCAAAGAAAACUGUUACAUUCCACCCCAUAGACACAAGUUGGCAGCCCUUUGCAAUAACACUGUAUGUAGCCAUGAAGGACAAUGAGUCUUACGCAGGUCCAGCGCCUAUAGAAGACUUAGCCAAACAAGUAAUAAGUUGCCAAGGGCCGAGUGGAACUAACAAGGAAUAUGUUUACAACUUAGCAGAAGCUAUGAGACAAAUGGUUCCCGAUGUGAUAGACGACCACCUUUUUUGCCUUGAAGCUGCUGUAAGGAAGCUCGAUCCAGAAAAAAGCAAAAACUGUUGAUAACAAGAAAAUAUUUAACAUCUGUGCUCAGAUUGUCUAGUCUACCUAUGUUUACUUAUUGGAUUCGAUAGCGUGGUAUCUAAAGAACGUCACCUAGUGACAACACUAUUUCCCAGUAUUGUAACUAGAUAGAUAGGUGAACCAUAGACGAGAGAUUAGAAUUUCAAAAUGUCAAAUAUUUAGCAGGUUGACACGAUAAUUAUAGCACUUGUCAGGGUAUAUAAUCGGGGAAUUUUUUUUUGUCUCCUGCCCAUGCUCCUAUCCUUUGAUAAAAUUUUAUCUUUUCCUACAGCUUUAUCAACUCUCAGAGCACAAGUGGAAUUAAUAUCCAAAUAAUAUAUGUGUCAUAAUAAAUGGGGAUAAACUUCUCCUAUUCCCUGUUCCAGUUAUUUAGUUAUAUUAUUAACGUGUCAACCUGCUUGGCCUAUUGGGGAUGUAAAUUUUUGUGUCCCGCCUGUGCUGGUGACCCAUAGAUCGGCUUGGUCCGUCAAAUGUUACUAACAAAAAAUUAGGAAACCGUCCGCUUAUUGUACCUACUUUCCAUGGCCAAUUUAGUCACCUAUAAGAUUUGUGUACAAAAAUUGUAAGCUUUUAUGAAACCAAAAAUACCUAUACCCUGUUUACAGUUGUGAUACCAACAUUAAUUUAUUAUUUGUACCGGUUAACCUUUACAUUAAGUUCUAUUAAAGUUAUUGUUUUUUUUA